AUGGCUGAAAACCAAGGCAGUUCAUUUGAGGAUCAUCGCCAGGGUCUGAAUGGGGAGUUCAAUACCCCUGACCCUGUCGAGGGUAAAGACAGACACAUGCAGGCCGAUGGAGCAGGGCACCAUGCUCGGGCUCCUGCGGUGCCGCGACAGGGUGCAAUGGUGUCGCAAGUGCUUCAGCCUCAGUAUAUGAAGCUAGCGAAUCCCGGUCCGCUUGGCCUGCUUUCUUUCGCUAUCACAACCUUUGUUGUCGGCCUCUAUGAGUGUGGAGCGGGUCUCCCUAACGAGAACCCCGAAGGCUCGGUUGGCCCGACUCAGGCUGCCUUUGGUCUAAUCACCUUCAUGGGCGGGACUGCUCAGUUCAUCGCCGGGAUCAUGGAGUUCCGAGUUGGCAACACAUUUGGUACAACAGUCCACUGUUCCUAUGGAGCAUUCUGGCUUAGCUACGCCAUGUAUCUGCUCCCAUACCUGGGUAUUCAAGCAGCGUAUGGCGGUGAUAAGACUCGAGCAUACACUUUUGCUAUUGGAAUCUACCUGAUCCUGUGGUGCUUCUUGACCCUGUUAUUCCUACUUGCCGCGCUGCGCACAAACGUGGCGAUUAUUUCGGUGUUUUUCUUCCUUGUUCUUGCCUAUCUCUUCCUCAGCAUCGCCAACUUCAUUGCCACCGAACACGCGACUGCCAGCGUACGAGUCAAUAAAGCAGGUGGAGCUUUCGCUGUUAUAUGCGCGUUUUGCGCCUUCUAUGCUGGGUCAUCCGGCCUCAUGCUGCCUGAAACGACCUGGGUCCGCUUCCCCCUGGGUGAGAUUCCCGGUCCGGAAACCGCUGCAUAA